GGAUGACGUAGAUCUCACGUGACCAAGAGCUGACGUGUGCAGAAGUCCUUCUUGUCCUGGUCGUUGUUCCCAUCUGAGUACCAGCUCCCAUUGCCCAGAGGGCGGGUGGGAUUGUGGCCAAGGGAAAAAGGAGGGGAAGGCAAUUUUCUCGGAUUCCUGCAGGUCAGUGCCUGGGAGAGUCCACAAAGUGGGGGUCGCGGAGGGUGUAGGGCGGAGACCGUCGCGGGUCCUGAGCGCCUCUGUGGACUCUUCCACUCUCUGCCCGCUUUCCAAGAUAUUUGUCCCGCCCGUAGCCCGUUUCAGUGCUGCGAAACGGUGAGCUGGGGGUGUUUGGGGGAGGAAUCCAGAAAUAAGGAGAUGGAAAUUCUUCUGGGAGCCAAGGCCCUCAGUUUGGAAAAGGAGAUGUGGCCUGGCUUUUGGCCCCUAGUCUACCGGGACAGUCCUGGCGGGGAAAGGCUGGACAUGGGGGCGGGGGAGGUGAGGGGCAUUGUGAUGUGUCAGCAGAACCCCAGAGAGUAACUGGGGUGGGAAACCUUUGACAACGAGGCCUCCGAAUUAGGAAAGAGUUUCGUUCUCUGGGGGACUAGUCCGUCCACCAAGCACUCUGUAGCGUAUCGCCUGUUUUCCGUCUUUCCGACCAUGGCUCUGUGGCUGGAGGGGUCCAAGCCUCUCCCGGGUGGCCAGUCUUUCUGUAGGUUGCGGCACAACGCCAGGCAAGAGAAGAAGAAGGAAAUUAACCCCUAUCGGUGAAGGUUGAUUUGAAGGUCUGCUGUAGCAGGUGGCCCUGCUUGGAGAGAGGGAGGAAGUUUCCCAGGAUCUUUGGAGACUAGGGCACGUGCACGUUUUAGAUGGCAUAGUGAUGCUAAAUAAGAAAAAUCUGACAACCUGGAUGGUGAUUCAGGAAAGCAACAAAAAUGCACAAUCAAGCCUUCAGUUCUCACUGACUCUGGUCUUUCUGCAGAUUGGAAAAAUUGUUGGGCGUGGCACACCUUCAGGGAAGGGAAGAAGGGGCAAAGUGCCUGUAUGAAGGAGGUCCACCUCCAGAAUCAGCUGUUGUGACCAGGAAGUGCCUGAAGAUCAACUUCUGUAGCCCUAUCUCCAGGCCUACAGCCCUCUUCCCCCAUCCUGAGUGACUACUCUAUUCCUUUGUCCCUGAUCUUGUCAGGGACGAUUGCAUGGGCUACACCAGGAAAGUAGGCUGGGUGACUGCGGGCCUAGUGAUUGGGGCUGGUGCCUGCUAUUGCAUUUAUAGAUUGACCCGAGGAAGAAAACAGAACAAGGAGAAAAUGGCUGAGGGUGGAUCUGGGGAUGUCGAUGAUGCUGGGGACUGUUCUGGGGCCAGGUAUAAUGACUGGUCUGAUGACGAUGGUGACACUAAUGAUAGCAAGAGCAUAGUAUGGUAUCCACCUUGGGCUCGGAUUGGAACUGAAGCAGGAACCAGAGCUAGAGCCAGGGCAAGGGCCAGGGCUACCAGGGCACGUCGGGCUGUCCAGAAACGGGCUUCCCCUAAUUCAGAUGAUACUAUUUUGUCCCCUCAAGAACUACAAAAAGUUCUUUGUUUGGUUGAGAUGUCUGAAAAGCCUUAUAUUCUUGAAGCAGCUUUAAUUGCUCUGGGUAACAAUGCUGCUUAUGCAUUUAACAGAGAUAUUAUUCGUGAUCUGGGUGGUCUUCCAAUUGUUGCGAAGAUUCUCAAUACUCGGGAUCCUAUUGUUAAGGAAAAGGCUUUAAUUGUCCUAAACAACCUGAGUGUGAAUGCUGAAAAUCAACGCAGGCUUAAGAUAUACAUGAAUCAAGUGUGUGAUGACACAAUCACUUCUCGCUUGAACUCAUCUGUGCAGCUGGCUGGACUGAGAUUGCUUACAAAUAUGACUGUUACUAAUGAGUAUCAGCACAUGCUUGCUAAUUCCAUUUCAGACUUUUUCCGCUUAUUUUCAGCUGGAAACGAAGAAACUAAACUUCAGGUUUUGAAACUCCUUUUGAAUUUGGCUGAAAAUCCAGCUAUGACUAGAGAACUGCUCAGGGCCCAAGUACCAUCAUCACUGGGUUCCCUCUUUAACAAGAAGGAGAACAAAGAGGUUAUUCUUAAACUUCUCGUUGUUUUUGAGAAUCUAAAUGACAAUUUCAGAUGGGAAGAAAAUGAACCUACUCAGAAUCAGUUUGGUGAAGGUUCACUCUUUUUCUUUUUAAAAGAAUUUCAAGUGUGUGCUGAUAAGGUUCUGGGAAUAGAAGGUCACCACGAUUUUUUGGUGAAAGUAAAAGUUGGAAAAUUCAUGGCCAAACUGGCUGAGCAUAUGUUCCCAAAGAUCCAGGAAUAACUUCUUGACUUCAUAGUUUAGAAGCAGCAUACAUUGUAAACUAUUCCUUUUCUCAACUUUGUAUGUUGGAGGAAUCUGUUCAGUUGCUAAGUUAGAGUAAUGAGUGUUAUAUUGUAUCAUCAGUGCUGAUAUUUAACCAGGUUGGUUUUUGGGUCUAAGCUGGAUGAAUAUCAUUACUUGUUCUGAAAAUGUCUGUUGCUUUUUAUCUUGCUGCCUAGAUUGAAAUAUUCUUACUAUUUCCUCUGCAUAAGUGACAGUGACAAUUAGUCCUAAGUAAGUUCUCUUCUGUCAUUUGCAUUGAUUUCAUUUGUGUAUCAUCAAUAAAGUUGUGUGUUAAUGCUGGAAAGAAAAAAAAAAGAAAGAAGAAAGAAAUCAUCCUUGUCCUUUGGUUUAUAAUCUAAUUGGAGAAAUAAGGAAUAUACAAAUCAAAAGAUAACCGACAAUAUCUGGAGCAUACACUUAUUGUCAGAUGUGUGCUUUCAGAGCACAGAGGAGACAAAGGCCUCUGUGGGGUGCGAGAGUUAGCUAAAGCUUCAUGGAGAAAGCAGCCAUUGAAAGUGAGCCCUGAAUGCAGUAGGGUAGUUAGGACAUUCCAUGAGAAGGAGAAACAGUGUGAGAAAGCUACCAAGGUAUGUACCUUCUUCCUGUGACAGGAGAACAGUCUGCCUAGAGUGGAGUGUGUGGAAUAGGAGUAAAUAAAUUAGGAGCUGGGUGAAUCCAGUUGUGGAAAUAUACUGUCUUAUUGAAUACUCAGAUACACUAAAUAUUUUUAACUAGAAAAUGAAUGGGCUCCUUAGAAAUGUCCUGCUUACUCUCCCGCUACACAGUGUCAAUUAGGCUAUGGAGAAACCAACCCUCUGAAACCCUGGUGGUAGCCAUUUGGUCAUACAUAUCAUAUGCCUUAAAAUAUGUAAGCCUUGUGUCCUAAGAGAUUUGAUUGGUCAAAGUUCGUAUGCAUAAAGCUAUUCACCUCAGCAGUAAGGUACCAAAAGUUGAAAACAAUUAAAGUGUCUGUCAUACUGUAUUGGUUAAAUAAAGGUAUGUUCACACAGUAUGAUAUGAUAAAUAUGCUGAUGGAAAUGUACUUUGCUAGGAAAGUAUAUUCAUCAUGCAUUAAGUGGAAAAGGUAAGUUAGAUAUAGCAGUGUUCAUAGUAUGAUUCCAUUUUGGGGGAUAGGAAAUCAUGUUUAUAAAGACACUAAAAACUAGAGGUACAUAGAAACAAUAGUUAUCUUUGGGUGGAAAGAUAAUUAGUGAACUUUACUUAUUUGCUUUUUAUUUAUCUGUGUUCUUAUCUAAAAUGAAUGUUGAAUUCUAGGACAUUUUUGAAAAAAGAAAAGUAUUUUGGAAUGAAGCAGGUAACUGAUUUAAAAUGAUACUGAAUGGAAAAAAUUAGAUUAAAGUGAGGGGUUGAAGUGGUUAAGGUGAAGUUUAUCAUGAGGAUUAAAUGAGAUAACAUAUGCAAAAUACCUGCAAUAUUCUAUCACAUAGUAAAGAAAAGUGAGAAUCCUUAAGUACUCAGAAUUUGUUUGCUGGAGCAUUCUUCGAUAUUUCAGUGUCAUUUAAUAAAUA